AUGUCAUUUCUAUGGAAGUCAGGCAAUGGUGGUACAACGGAGAAAACCUUGACCCUGGAAGAACAGCAAGAGAAACAGAUAAAUGAGGUACGAAAGCAACUUGAAGAACCCUCGUCCCUAGCAAUACAGGGUUUCCUUUCGGAUGCUUCGAUACUGAGAUUCCUUCGAGCUAGAAACUGGAAUGUGCAGAAAUCGAGUAAAAUGCUGAAAUCAGCUGUGAAGUGGCGGGCAGCAUACAAGCCAGAAAUGAUUUCCUGGGAAGAAAUUGCACAUGAAGCAGAGACUGGAAAGAUAUAUAGGGCUGACUACAAGGACAAACUUGGAAGAACUGUUCUUGUUCUGAGGCCAGGCUUAGAGAAUACUACCUCGGGGAAGGAACAAAUUAAGUAUCUUGUUUACUCUCUGGAGAAAGCGAUUAUGAAUCUGACGGAUGAUCAGGAGAAGAUGGUGUGGAUGAUAGACUUCCAGGGCUGGACCAUGGGAAGCACACCGUUGAAGGUGACCCGGGAGACCGUGAGUGUCUUGCAAGACUGUUAUCCCGAGAGAUUGGGACUUGCAAUCCUAUACAAUCCUCCUAGAUUAUUUGAGUCUUUCUAUAAGAUAGUGAAGCCAUUCUUGGACCAUGAGACUAGCAAGAAGGUGAAGUUUGUGUACUCCAACGAUAAGGAGAGCCAGAAGAUAAUGGCAGAGGUCUUUGACAUGGACAAGCUCGACUCGGCAUUCGGAGGAAGGAAUCUAGCCACCUUUGAAUACAGCAGCUAUGCGGAACAAAUGAAAGAGGAUGACAAGAAGAUGCAAUCUAAUGAUGCGAGCUCUGACGCCUCAAGCGAGGCUUCCUUCUACAGCGGAACAGAUUCCCCGAAGCACGAAGAUGGAGGGCACGGCGCGACGAAGAAGGCCUGCGCCACUUAA